ACGUGACGUCACGGAAUAGCUUUCUACCCCCAAACUCUCGUUGGGUUUUUCAGAUUUGAAUCGAAUAUAGAAUUUAUGUCUCUCGUUUUAAUUUCACCAGCGUGUGUUGUGUUUCAUAAAGAAUAUCGUCAUAUAAUGCAAUUGAAGAACGUUGCAUAGUAACAGCAUUCCUGGUUUUGCAAAAAAAGAGGAUCAUAUCUAAGGCGUUGAGUUUUAGUCUGAAUAAUAUUUAUUUCCAACUGGAGGAAAAUAUCAAAUUGUAAUGGCAGAAAACAAUUUCCCUCCCCUGCCUGGCUUCAUCCCUCUGAAGCCGUGUUUCUAUCAGGACUUCAACGAGAUCCCAGAUGUACACCGUUCCAUCUGCAAGAAGCUCUACUAUCUAUGGAUCUUCAACAGUGCCACCUUGGCGGUCAAUCUGAUUGGCUGCCUGGCGUGGAUGUGCGGUGGGGGCGGAGCCACUAACUUUGGCAUGGCCAUUCUGUGGCUCAUCCUGUUCACCCCCUGUUCCUACGUGUGCUGGUUCAGACCCAUCUACAAGGCCUUCAAGACUGACAGCUCGUUCAACUUCAUGGCGUUCUUCUUCGUGUUCAUGGCCCAGGUGGUGAUCAGCAUCAUCCAGUGUAUAGGCAUUCCAGGCUGGGGCAUCUGUGGCUGGCUGGCUACCAUCACCUUCUUUAGCACCAAUAUAGGCUCCGCUGUAGUCAUGCUGAUCCCCACCAUCAUGUUCACUGCCAUGGCUGUCCUCUCCUUCACCGGGCUCACCAAGGUGCACAACAUGUACCGUGGCACUGGGGGCAGUAUGAGUAAAGCCCAAGAGGAGUGGACCACCGGGGCCUGGAAGAACCCUCACGUCCAGCAGGCAGCGCAGCAGGCCGCUGUGGGGGUGGCGCAGGGAGCCAUGCAGCAGCAACAGCCCCAGUACUCACAGGCACCCACCUACAAUUACGACGACCCGGGCAUGUAGGGCA